GGGAAAGGGAGAGGGAGAGGACAGGAGGCUCUCUUCCCAGACAUCUAUUUAAUCAUUCCCCCAACAUGACGCGUCAAUGAUGGCGUCACCUUCGACAACCCAUCUUUCUCCGCCAUUCUCCCCUCCCGACAAAGCGAGCCCAGCAGCACAUGGCGGAGAAACACCCUCCUCAGUCGAGGCUGCGACCAAGUCGGGCGCAAACACCAGCACCACCACCACCACCACCACCAGCACGACAAAAGUCUCCACAGAAACGCUGAGAUCGCUCCCGACCAUCUCACGCGUCCCAGGGCACCACCACGUCUUCCUGGUCGAAGACGACGUCGCGACCUUCGUCAAGAUGGAUCUGGACGUUUCCCGCCUGAACCGAAUCCACCGGUACCUCUGGAUGGCCGGGCGGCCGCUGAACGCCCGCCCCCUGCAGCGCCAGAAGAUGAUGGGCCUGGACGUCGUGCUAACCGAGCAAGCCGACCUGCACCUGCUGAAAUUCUCCAACAAGCUCCUGCUGAAGCCGCUGCCGGAGUACAUCCUGGCGCACGACUUCUGGGCGACAUACCUGUGCGGGUCGCGCGAGCUGCACGCCUGCGCUUGCGGCCUGCUCCUCUCCUACGUGUGGCUGGUUUGCUCGCCGCUCGACCUGAAAAUGGCGCACCAGCUGGACCUCCUCCCGGGCUCCGUCUCGUGGCCCGCGUGGAAGACGCUCGUCGCCGAUUUCGCCCGCCACGUCGACCUCAACGCCCUCGACCAGGUCAACCGGCGCUACCAUUUCGGUGAGCUGCGCCUCGGCCGCGUCAACUCCAUCUAUCGCGUGCGCUUCUUCUUCUCGCAUUUCGUCCGCGGCUAUCUCUACGGCUAUAAUCGCUACGUGGUCUUCUUCCAGCGCAACUUCGCCUGGAUCCUCGUGGUCUUUGUCUAUUUCUCGCUCGUGCUGUCUGCCAUGCAGGUCGGCACCGCCCUGGAUCCCCUGAGUACCAGCGUGCUGUUUCAGCGGGCCUCGUAUGGGUUUGUGGUCUUUUCGAUCUUCAUCGUGGCCUUCUUUCUCGCCUUGCUUGCCGCCCUGUAUAGUUCCAUCUUCUUCUUUAAUAUGGUUGCUGCGAUCAGGCACGCCAACCGGAAGAGCUUUGAACGAGAUCAGUUGGCCCGCAUUCGGAAAGAACGGGGUACUAAAGAUGCCUGAGUGUGGGACCUGGAGCUGGG